ACAGCGGCCGGCCUAGCGCCGAAAGCUCCAGUGGUCUAGUUGUCCGUUCGGCUCAACACCAUCCUCAUCUCAAGCUCUAUGUGCGACGUCGAAGCAUUCAAACUCACCAAACCUGACGUCUAACCGAUCCAGCAUUAGAACAAUACAUUCAGGGCUACCUACCUGCCACGACACCCAUAGCACCGUUGCGCAAACGAUCCCGAGGCCAUCAUGAUUUCCGACAACGAUCUCUACCGCCUCGCAAUUUUCCUCGGCUCCGCUGCCAUGGUUCUGAUUAUUCUCUACCACUAUGUCGAAGUCAACAAAGAAGAGGAGCUGCCGGCGAAGGCUGCGGGCCCCGCGAAGCCCGCGAAGGCUGUGUCAUAAGAGGCGUGUAGCUGCACGGAAUUGAGGCAAUGGUAACCAGGGGAAGAUCAGCUGUACAAUACCCGACGACGAAAAAAGCAGAGCGUUUGCAAUUACUCCAUGACGGUGCCACGCCUUGGGCGACACAAGGGUACAAUCGGCAUCGGAAAGGACAAGUGAUGGCGGACACGGCGAUAGAGACUCUUGCCGCAGGUCAGCACAGCGCUUCAUAGAGCUCCGAGCCGUUUUGAUGUGCGGUGAAAGCGGCAGAUAAUCGGAAGGGGCCACCAAGUCCUCGUUCCAACGUACACAAUUCAAGCUCUCAAGCACCACCUUUUGGCCGAGACUCGCUUCAGCUUGGGCAGGCAUGUUCUCGACGCAACC